ACGGGGGAAAUCGCACUCACCUGCAGGAGGCUGGACGCUACUUUGAAACAGUUUUGAUCGAGCACCAGUUCUAACAACAGGCCCCAACUGGUACGGUAGCGUUGUGAGCUGUGCGUCUUGAAGUGUAAAUUUGUACGUCAGAAGGUGUCACUUCCUUUACCACCAUGCAUUACGAAGAUGAAAUGGACAAACAUCCGCGCGAAUAUGCGCCAUACCGCUCAACGCUGGAUGAGUGUGAUCUCGCGCUAGCCGCUAACGAGUUGCACGAGAAUGAGGACACGCGCGACACUUCCAUCGCUCAAUUGCGUGAGUUUAUUGCCAAACAUCCCCAGAUCGUACGAUGUCGUACGGAUGCGGUGUUUCUCUUACGAUUUCUUCGCUACCGGAAGUUUAAUGUCGCCGACGCCUGUGCAACCUUGGAAGGUGGUAUGGCGUUUCUGAUGCGCAUGAGAACACUGUACGGUGAGGAGGUAAGCACGUUCCAUCCGAACGUACAGCGUAUGCUAGAUCUGGAUGCGAUCGUACCGCUCGGGUUUGACCGGAAGCGACGGAUGGUGAUCCUCGUACGGGUCGGUGCGAUGGAUCCGAAGGAAACGACAGCUUUGCUGCAGAUGCGACUUGGAGCACUAGUGAUCAACACCUGCUUGGAGUACGAACGGACACAGGUGCACGGGACGGUAUGGAUAGUGGACUGUUCCGGGAUGACGAUGGCACACGUCGGUGCAUGGGGACUGAGCGAGGUGAAGAUGAUGGCUGACUCCAUCAACGAGGUGGUGACGAUGUUUGUGAAGGAGGUACACAUGGUGCAGGUGCCAAGAAUAACCUGGCUGUUGCUGGACAUACUGCUACCACUGCUCAGUCCGAAGAUAAGAGAUCGAUUUAAGUUCCAUCGUACAUACGCCGAACUACGCAACUCGGUUGAUACGUCCAUCCUGCCUACCACAUACGGUGGUGAGCAAAGUAUGAAACAGGCUACCGACCAUUUUCGGGACAUGUUCGAAACACAAACGAAAUGGUUCAAGCUUGAGGAACAAUUCUUUAUGGAUCUCUCCGUAUCGGCGCCAGGUACGAGUGGUCGAUCAACACGCAACAGCCAACGGAACGAGUUCCCUGGGGAAGAGUCUAUGGUUGGAAGUUUCCGGAAGUUAACCGUCGACUGAAGGGACCGUUUACGUUCGUCACCCCGAGGGCGUCUUCAGCCUAUUCCGGUUGUGUGGCAUUCCGAAGAACCAGCUGGUGACAAUCAACUACCAAAGAGUAAGUCAAUUAGCAACGCGCGACCCAUAGAACGGACCGACUCCUGGGUCGGUGUCAUAACAGACGCGAACGGUCAGAGGUUUGCAGCUUAGAUAAUUACGAUCGAUAUACCUGAGCGGUGUUUAGGUGCGCUUACGUACUCCGCAGGGUCCGGUGGGAGGUGGGUCAACAGAAUCUGUCGAUAACUUGUUUUGCAGCGAAGUUCUGGUGCUGUUCACAAGGAAGUGGAGAAAAGUGUAGAUUGUAAGGUAGUAAUUAGAAUGCUUUUAUUGCUGUUACACGAUAAGAAAGCAAACUCUACGUUUGUUUGCGAUGCACAAAGCGGCAAGGUUAUUGGUUGUACGAGGUGUUUGUAAAAAUUUCUUUAAUUGACAUUGAUUGUAAAAAAACCCAGACAAUAAAUAGCAUUCCGAUUGUGGGAUGGGAAUGUUCUCAACAAAA